AUGGUCUCCACUUGCAGCAUCGAUCGGGUCUUACUUGAUCUUGAGUUGCUGCUCCGAAGCCCUUAUGUUAUUGUUACUUACAGCGCUGCUCGUAUUCUUGAUGCAAUCAAACGCAUGAAAUUUCUCAAAACAUUUCUUAUGUGUGCUAGAAAGUGGAGCCAAAGCAAUGAUUUGUACUUGCAAUCUGACGAUGUAGCGAAGAAGGUGAGUCUUCCAUCUUUCUUAUCUUGCGUUGAAGAUACCUUUCACAAAUACGAGGAGGGCAAAUUACAUAAGCAGAUCAAAUUACUUGAGCAAGAAAUCAAAUUACUUAAGCAAGAAAUCAUCCAAAUUUACUUUGCUAUGGCAAGCAGCAGGUCAUUGCAAUCAAAUUCUUGUAUGACGGAUGAUGAACUAAUGGAAUUUAUAGACCUCAUCCUACAAAAUCUAGCAGAUUUGACAAAUUGCUAUAUGGAUGGGAAAAUUAGUGAAUCAUCUAUUUCUGCUAUUUCUGCUGCUUUGAGUGCUCAAGUACAAGGCCUUGAAGCCAAGCUAACAUUCUUGAAAAGCUUCAUUCCAUUUGCCAAAUUGCGAGGAACUGUAGAUAUUCCUGCCUUUCUGUUGGCUCACUUUGAAGUCGUGGCUUUGAACGCAGCACGCCUCUCUUACAUGCGUUCCUUUUGGGAAGAUGAGGAGCUGCACAAUCCUGAGUUCUGCUCCAUGAUCUAUGAACAACAACAGAAAAUCACACCUAUUGAUUUUCAAGUCUAUGAGAUUUAUGUGGAAGUUCUUAGAGCUACAAGAUCCUCAAAAUCAUUGCAUGAUAGAAUGACGGAUAAGCGGAUAUUGAACAACUUCAAUGAUUCUCUUAUAAGUUGUCUCUGGGAGCAGUUAUGCUGCAGCUCUAGCUUUGUGGAUUCUAUGAAAGAUGAAAUGCGAAUACUCUAUGCAGGACUGAGGUUUUUGAGAAGCAUUUUAAGGGAGCAACAGGAGAAGAUGGAUGAAAAAUACAAAAAAAUUGGUGCUCUUCUUAGUGAGGCAGGCAUUAUAAUUUGCUCGCCUUCUCUAAACAGAGUGAAGGAAGGAGAAAUUAGCUUCUCAGAAUCCACAGAGGCCCUUGACUGUUAUGAUAUGCUGGCUAAUACCAACAUCCAUAUCAAGCAUUUUAAGGAUCAGAUCAGUGGCUCAAGCAUUAUUGAAAGUCUUCCUUCAUUUCAUAGCUUAAGAGCACCAGAAGUUAGCAAGACUUCCAGCCGCAUGAUAUCAAAGGGUAAAAUGCCCAUAGCCCACGAAGUCAUGGUUGGUCUUGAUGAUGAGGCAGAAAAAGUAAUUGAUCGACUUGUAAGCGGAUCAAAACAGGUGGAAAUCGUUCCCAUUGUGGGAAUGGCUGGGCUUGGUAAAACAACUUUAGCAAGAAAAGUUUACAAUGAUAGUUUAGUAAUCUGUAACUUCCAGAUUCGUCUUUGGUGUACUGUUUCUCAAGAAUUUAACGUGAAAAGCUUGUUACUACAAAUUAUGUGCUCUGAUGGAGAACAGUCUAGGAUGGAUGACGAGUUUCAAAAUCUGGAUGAACAUACGUUGCUUGAAAAGCUCUACAAAAAGCUAAAGGAGAAUCGGUAUCUUGUUGUUUUUGAUGAUGUAUGGGACAUUAAGGUAUGGAAUGAGCUGGGAAUUUCAUUCCCGGAUGACAAGAAAGGAAGUAGAAUCAUCUUCACGAGUCGAUCUUCUAAUGUGGCUUCACAGGUUGAAUAUGGGGGGAAACCUCACAAUCUUCGCCCACUCAGUGAGAAAGAAAGUUUUGAAUUACUGUUGAAGAAGGUAUUUGGAAAAGAAGAUUGUCCUCAAGCAUUGUGUAGAAUCGCCAUGAAGAUUGCCAAGAAGUGCAGGGGAUUGCCACUGGCACUUGUUGUUGUUGCUGGAGUUCUAGCAACUAUAGAGCAUGAUAUUUUGGUUUGGGAAGAAUUUGCUGAAAGUUUAACUUCGACCAAGGUGUCUGGUACAGACCAGUGCAAGAAGUCAUUGGAGCUCAGUUAUGAGCAUUUACCAUAUCACUUGAAGGCAUGCUUGCUGUAUUUUUCAGCAUUUCGAGAAGAUGAAAAAAUUAGUGCCAAGAAUUUGAUGCGUCUCUGGAUUGCAGAAGGGUUUGUGGAAAAAAUUGAAGGAAACAGAUCAGAGGUCAUUGCAGAAGAAUAUCUGAUGGACCUUAUAGGUCGAAACUUAGUUAUGGUAAGUAAAAGCAAAUCCAUUGGUGGAGUCAAAACUUGUUACAUUCACGAUUUGAUAUUUGAGUUCUGUAAGGGCGAGGUGAAAGAAAAGAAAUUCCUUCAGAUCCUGCGAGGAUAUGAUGAGCUUUCUACCUUUAAUGAGCCUCCCAACCUACCUCGGUUGUCCAUUUGGUCCAGUGGUGAAGAUUUUAUAAAGGCAAAGCUAUUUUGUCCACAUUUAGAUACUCUGCUGCUCUACAAUGCUACUCCAGGAUUUGAUAAGUUUAAGUUGCUUAAUAUCUCCUUCCUUUUUUGCAUCUACAAACAUCUUAAAGUUUUGAAUUUAGAGGGCAUUAACCUAAGGCUGAAGGAGCUUCCAACUGAAGUCGAAUCACUUCUUUGUUUGAGGUACUUAGCCCUUGCUGCUUGGAGCAUGGAAUUCAUUCCACCAUCUAUAGCCAAGCUCUCACAUUUGGAAACCUUCUGUUUGGAUUCUACAGCGGUUGUUUCAUUGCCAGAUAGCAUUUGGAACAUGAAGAAGUUGAAGCAUAUACGUGUAUCGCUUGGCUGCUUUAUUCCUUUCUCUUCCAAUGACCACAUUGUUGAAAACCUCUCCACUUUACCCAAUUUAGACACACUCUCCCAUCUGCACCUUUAUCUUGAUCAAGAAGUAGAGAACAUAUUGAGAAGGAUUCCCAACGUUCGCCGACUUAAAAUUUUCAAUCGUGGGAGACCAAAAGGAGUAUGCUGCGACAUGAGUCGACUAGAAUGCCUAGAAUCACUCACCUUAGGGGGCUACAACUUCUCAGGUUCACGGGAACAUGUUGGGCUUUCUUUUCCCAAGAAUUUGAAAAAGUUGUGUCUUUCCAACCUGGGUCUAUCCUGUCGAAAAAUGUCAUUGAUUGAACAAUUACCCAAUCUUGAAGUCCUCAAAUUAAGACAGCGGUCAAUGGACGGCCAAAAAUGGGAGUUGAUGGAAGGAGGAUUCCCUAAACUCAGGGUCUUGACGUUGGAAGAUGUAGAGGUUGUGGAGUGGACAGAGGUAGACCCUGACAGUGAUGAUUACUUCCCGUGCCUUCAGCAAUUAAAACUCAUCAAAAUUUCUAAUUUGGAAAUGAUGCCUGCUUGUUUAGGGUGUAUAUCAACUCUUGAAACAAUUAAUAUGACUUUUUGCGGAAAUGGUGUCAAAUCUUUAGUAUGGGAAAUUGAAGAAGCACAGAAAUAUAAUGGAAAUGAGAAUCUGAAGAUCAUUUAUGGAAAAUAUUGAAGGGCAUCAGCUGGCGUAAUAUCAGGGAGUGCUACGGUGGUCAUCUGUGUAGUCUGGCUUUCUUUGAUACUUUUGUGGAAGAUGAAGGUAAAAGUUGAAAAGGAUAGAUGGCUCUUUCCUUGUUAAGAUAUGGUGGAAACAAUCAAUGAAGUUUAUACGGCAGCAUAAAGGUUAUUCAGAUAUUUUGCUAUUGGUGUAUUUUGUGUAAUUGCAUUUUUGCUGAAUUUAGUGAUGGCUGUGUGCUAUUUCUUUUCAAACUUGUGUUAAU